GCGUGGCUGGCGCAGAGCAUCUCAGCUUGCGGGAGCUGGAGCUGAAGUGCCGCUUUGUUCCAUCAGCUGCUUGCUCUACCUUUCGGCAUCCGGAUCCUCCUUCGCUUUCCCACUCUCUCCUUCGCCCAUUCCCCGAGAAGUGGUUUUCAUCCCCUUCUCCGAUUGCUGCUCCGCAAAGCCUGACCUCACCCCUGCCUCCCCAAAGUCCAGCGGGGCACCCUUGCCCGGAAUCCUUUUCUCCCCUAGCCCUUCUUACCUCCUUCAUCUCCCUUUCUCAAGGUCUGGGUUGCUCUCCGGGCCCCGAUCUUCCCCCCCCCCGCCCCCCGUCGCCCCCCAAGGCCAGGAAUGUCCCCUGCCAGCCCGCGCCCAUGGUCCUGACGCUGCUCCUCUCCGCCUACAAGCUGUGCCGCUUCUUCGCCAUGUCCGGCCCACGACCCAGCGCCGAGCGGCUGGUGGUGCCGGGGACCGAUCAGGGUGGCGGCGCGGGCCCGUGGUGGGCUUCGGGCGGCCGCGGGUCCCGCGAGGUGUCGCCUGGGGUGGGCGCUGAGGUGCAGGGCGCCCUGGAGCGUGCCCUGCCUGAGUUGCAGCAGGCGCUGUCGGCGCUGAAGCAGGCAGGGGCCGCGCGGGCUGUGGGCGCGGGCCUAGCCGAGGUCUUCCAGCUGGUGGAGGAGGCCUGGCUGCUCCCAGCCGUGGGCCGCGAGGUGGCCCAAGGUCUGUGCGAUGCCAUCCGCCUAGAUGGCGGUCUGGACCUGCUGUUGCGGCUGCUGCAGGCGCCGGAGCUGGAGACGCGUGUGCAGGCUGCGCGGCUGCUGGAGCAGAUCCUGGUAGCUGAGAACCGGGACCGCGUGGCGCGCAUCGGCCUGGGCGUGAUCCUCAACCUAUCGAAGGAGCGUGAACCCGUGGAGCUGGCACGGAGCGUGGCGGGCAUCAUGGAGCACAUGUUCAAGCACUCGGAGGAGACGUGCCAGCGGCUGGUGGCAGCCGGCGGCUUGGACGCUGUCCUGUACUGGUGUCGCCGCACCGACCCGGCGCUGCUGCGCCAUUGCGCGCUGGCGCUGGCUAACUGCGCCCUGCACGGGGGCCAGGCGGUGCAGCGACGCAUGGUGGAGAAGCGCGCCGCCGAGUGGCUCUUCCCGCUCGCCUUCUCCAAGGAGGACGAGCUGCUGCGGCUGCACGCCUGCCUGGCUGUGGCCGUGUUGGCCACCAACAAGGAGGUGGAGCGUGAGGUGGAGCGCUCGGGCACGCUGGCGCUUGUCGAGCCGCUUGUGGCCUCUCUGGACCCUGGUCGCUUUGCCCGCUGCUUGGUUGACGCCAGCGACACGAGCCAGGGACGCGGACCAGACGAUCUGCAGAGCCUCGUGCUGCUGCUGGACUCGUCCCGCUUGGAAGCUCAGUGCAUCGGGGCUUUCUACUUGUGCACAGAGGCCGCCAUCAAGAGUCUGCAGGGCAAGACCAAGGUGUUCAGUGACAUUGGUGCCAUCCAGAGCCUAAAACGCCUGGUUUCCUACUCCACCAACGGCACCACUUCAGCACUGGCCAAGCGCGCACUGCGCCUGCUGGGCGAGGACGUGCCCCGGCGCAUCCUGCCCUGCGUGGCCAGCUGGAAGGAGGCUGAAGUGCAGACGUGGCUGCAGCAGAUCGGCUUCUCCCAGUACUGCGAGCGCUUCCGGGAGCAGCAGGUAGAUGGCGAUCUGCUUCUGCGGCUCACAGAGGAGGAAUUACAGAGUGACCUGGGCAUGAAAUCCAGCAUCACUCGCAAGAGGUUCUUUAGGGAGCUCACAGAGCUCAAGACCUUUGCCAACUACGCUAUGUGUGACCGCAGCAACCUGGCGGACUGGUUGGGCAGCCUGGACCCUCGCUUCCGCCAGUACACCUAUGGUCUGGUCAGCUGUGGCCUGGACCGCUCCCUCCUGCACCGUGUGUCCGAGCAGCAGCUGCUGGAGGACUGCGGCAUCCGCCUGGGUGUGCAUCGAACGCGCAUCAUCUCUGCCGCCAGAGAAAUGCUACACUCCCCGCUGCCCUGCAGUGGCAGCAAGCCCAGUGGGGACACCCCAGAUGUUUUCAUCAGCUACCGAAGGAACUCAGGCUCCCAGCUGGCGAGCCUCCUGAAGGUGCACCUGCAGCUGCAUGGCUUCAGUGUCUUCAUUGAUGUGGAGAAACUGGAAGCCGGCAAGUUUGAAGACAAGCUCAUCCAGAGUGUUAUGGGGGCCCGCAACUUUGUGCUGGUGCUGUCGGCCGGAGCACUGGACAAGUGCAUGCAGGACCAUGACUGCAAGGACUGGGUGCACAAGGAGAUUGUAACUGCAUUAAACUGUGGCAAGAACAUCGUGCCUGUCAUUGAUGGCUUCGAGUGGCCUGAGCCCCAGACUCUACCUGAGGACAUGCAGGCUGUGCUUACCUUCAAUGGCAUCAAGUGGUCCCACGAGUACCAAGAGGCCACCAUCGAGAAGAUCAUCCGCUUCCUGCAGGGCCGUUCCUCUCGGGAGUCAUCUGCAGGCUCCGAUACCAGUUUGGAGGGUGCUACAGCCAUGGGCCUGCCUUAGCCAGCCUCCCAGCAACCAAACCCUGCUGUGCCUCCCAUUUCCAGAGUCUUCCCCCAAGGAACAGCUCCUCAAAAUGGCUGCCUGGGGCCUUCUCAGGAAAUGGCUCUGCCUUUCCCUACCCUCUUGGUCCACUUCAAACCCACUUUCCUCAAUAUCUGGAGGUGUGGGAGAAGUCUUCCUCCCUCAGACUCUGUCAUCAGGUUCUCUGCUUUCUACUCCUAGAGCUGGGUCCCUGCUCUGCUCUGGAGAAACAGGACAUUGAGAAGGGAGAAGAGUCUUCUUCCUGAUUAGGGUAAAGGCAGGCAGCCUCUGGUAGGAAAUUAGAGACAUAGGCUCUCUGCCUGGGCCUCUUAAGUCUGAGCUAGGGCCUACGCCACAAGGCAGCCAGAGAUGCAUAUCCUGGUAUGGCUGUCCCCUGAGACUCUGGUCCCUGGCUCGCCCCUUUCUGCUGCCUUGUCAUCUUACUGUGGAACCACUAAACUGUUGCCUCCCCUACCCCCCUCCUUCUACCCCAGCCUUCCUUUGGGGCAGCUUCCUCUGCCAUAUCUCUGGUUUAGGUUGGGCUGAACUGGCCAUUUGGCUAUACUUUCUGGUGCAAAGGGUCACCCCUGCCUGGACAGGGGAGGCCCUGUCUCAAAGCCACCUUCCCCCAUUCCUUGGUAUUGUGCCUAACGGUCCUGCCUGACCUAAGCAGGCUGGUUUACCCAGCCUUUCACCCACU